AUGGCCAAUCCCUCCCGCCCACACUCGGCGCAGACGCACCAUCGCCGCCCAGGCUCGCGCAUCGUACCUGCAAUUCCUUACCGCCUAUCCAAAGCCCAGCCAUCAGCGAGGCCCAUUACGCCUGAAGAGUCUAACAAAGGCACUCCAGCGCCACCGGCUGACCUGCAGCUAGAGCAGCAGCACCAGUCUGAUGUACGCUCAGAGCGACAACAAGCAGCCAUCGCAGACACACCUCCUACCCCCGAUUCGAGGGCCUCUGCCGAUAUCACUGGAGAUGUGGCAGGUGCACCUCGGUCGGAUAGCGUCACUGGGGAGCUGUCGAAUGGACAGACGCCAUCUGCAGGCACUUCUGAAAAGAACCAACGUCGUGCGGUCAAUGGCCACGCCAACGCCAAACCUCGCACUUCCCGCCCCGAGUCCAAGCCAGGUGUGAAUGGCGCCCAUCGCAAACUUACCAUACCGACCUAUCUUCCCCCGCCCUUUGUCCCCUCGAGCAAGGCAGGCACCCAAACACCACCCGCCAACGGAAGCGACGUCACGUAUACCCCAACGCACCGUACCCACUUGAGCGGCGGUGCUGUAGCAUCACAGAGUGCAAAUGAGUCGCCGGCCAUUCCCAUCACACCCCGUGAAUCCGACGUCGAUGUGCAUGCUUUGCCUCGACCUCCGCCUGGCUUUGGGCCCCAGCAGUUUACUCCCUUCUUCCCCGGUCCCACCCAGUACACACCAGAAGGUGCGCCCUGGCACCUUCCUCCACAUACGAUUGCGCCGCCCGACCCUGCCUACCAGAACGGGGUUGAGUAUCACACCCCGCUCUUUUCAAAUGGCCCUCAGGCCUUUCCAGCGCCCUACAAUGGCCAUUUUUCUCCUCGAGAGGCUGCCCUAGCUGCAAGCGGAGCCCUCAAUUCUUAUUCACAGUCGCCAACCAAAGCUCAAUUCGAGACGAUGCCUACGAUUGAACAUGUAGACGAUCAGCACCCAAUCACCCACCAGGAUGCGCCUCCAGAGGAACGAGUCGAGUCUUCUUUUGAGCUCGCAGGCUACUUAUCCUCGCAGUUUGGUAACGCCGAGCUUGCCGAUUUCAUCCUUCACAUCAGGUCUCCCGAGUCUAUUCUGCUGUCGUUACCAAUACAUGGAAUUGUCGUGAUGCGCAGUCCCAUCAUUGCAGAAGCUAUUCGCCACAGUCCCGUGCCUUCUCAUAGUAACAGGGACGCGCACCCAGUGACCAUCGUUGUGCGGGACCCUCUGGCAACCCGUGAUUCUUUGGAAGAAGCCGUCCGAGUCUUAUACGGUGCGCCGCUUAUCCGUCCUCAAGGAUUUUUGUACGGACUCGAGCCGUUUGUAUCAUCUCCAUCGCCUGAGGCUCGUCGCCGCAUGCAGCAAGUCUUGGGCUAUAUUGCUGCGGCCAGAACUCUACAGAUACCCAGCAUGCAGUCCCGCGGCGUUCACACCGCCAGAAUGCUGCUGCGAUGGGACACCGUGGAUCUCGUUCUGCAAUACGCACUAAGCUCCGACAUUGACGAUCCUUUUGUGACUGCCCUAAUCAAUCACGCCCUUGCAUUCAUUGCAUACUUUUUCCCGGCCAACUUCAAGCUACAUGCAAUUGCGCCAGAACUCAAGGACGCACCGCGCCUGCCGACAGUGGUACCUGUGGAGUCUCGUCAGCCUGCCCACAAUCCUCGAUUGAGUAAAAUUCGGUUCGGCGAUGCACCACCCGAAGAUGACGUCCAAGUUCAACCCAGCUAUCUUACCUUGGUCCUUUCGACCAUUCUCCUUUCUCUUCCUCUUUCGCUGAUCGAACAUUUGUUCAAUCAAGCGGCGGCCCAACGGAUUAGCCCGAAUGAAGUUGCGAGGCAACUGCGAGAUGUCAUUGAGGAGCGUGAAAGUCGGCGACAGAAGGCACUUCGAAGUCAGUCAACUCAGGGUCAACACGGCUCCAUGUCAGGUUUGAAUAACAUCUACAUUGAAGAGAAUUUAGAGCAGGUCGAACCAUCACCGCUCCAUCCUUCUGGCUAUCGGCUGACGACCAGACGAGUGUAG